GGUGACUGGUCUGUGUUUGCUGAAGUUGGUUUGUCUCUACAUUUCUUCUCAAUUUCGCCUACAUUCACAUAAAUAACGAUGGCAAGUCACACUAAGAGCGACGGAUCCGCAGCUGUGGAGAAGGACAGCGCUUCAGCAGGACAGACAGUUGAAGAGAACCUGACAGAGACUGAUAGCUUUAAUCAAAGUAUAUUUAGUAUGGAUCCUAAUCAGGAGUAUGAUAUGAACCACAAGAGACGGGGAAUGGCUCUCAUAUUUAAUCAUGAAAAUUUCUUUUGGAAACUGGGAUUGGGCUACCGUUCUGGAACAAAUGCAGACAAGGAGAACCUUAUUAGAAGAUUUCGAGAGCUGAAUUUUGAAGUUAAAGCUUUUGAUGAUUACAAACGACAUGAAGUUUUGUCCAAAAUCACAGAGGCCGCUGCUGCUGACCAUGUAGAUGCAGACUGCUUUGUCUGCGUCUUUUUAAGUCAUGGGGAGAAUGGCCAUGUUUAUGCCAAUGAUGGGCAGAUCGAAAUACCUGAAAUCACUGAUUUGUUCAAGGGGGAUAAAUGUCGUAGUCUUGUGGGCAAACCCAAGAUCUUCAUCUGGCAGGCUUGUCGUGGUGACAAACAUGAUGAUCCUGUGACUCCGAUGGACGUGGUGGACAGUCAGGUGACAAAUGACAUGGUGGUGGAUGCAGGAGUGCUUUACACUCUUCCAGCAGGAGCAGAUUUCAUUAUGUGCUACUCUGUUGCUGAAGGGUAUUAUUCUCACCGUGAGACUGUGAAUGGCUCAUGGUACAUUCAGGAUUUGUGUGAAAUCCUGAGGCGUUAUGGUUCAGAACUGGAGUUUGCUGAGAUCCUGACGCUUGUUAACAGGAAAGUUUCCUUACGCAGUGUGUUAAACUGCAAGGAUCGCUCAGCUGUUGGCAAAAAACAGGUGCCUUGCUUUGCAUCCAUGCUCACUAAGAAGCUGUUUUUCAGGCCCAAAAAGUAAUAUUAGUGUUUAGGCCUAUUACUGGUACAAAAUCAGGGAUUAUGCAAAUUUCUUAGAUUUAUUUAGUUUAUGACUAUUUAAUUUCGGUUUCUCUGAAUUGACAAUUUAUAGUUUUUUUUUGUUUGUUUUUUUUUAUAAAACGUAUAUAUAUUUUUUUUAAUUCUGAGCACUACUGAAGACAACUCUUCCAAAAUUAAAUACAAAUUUUGUCAUUUUUGUAUUGCAUAAAAUAACAAAGAUCCCAUGUCUUCUGACAUGUUUAAAUUCAUUCGUACACAACACAUUAUCAAGGUUUUAAUUUAAGAAAUCAAUAUUUCAUGUACUAAACCAUUUUUUCAGAAACCUGUUUGUAUUUUAAAGGGAACCUAUUUCACCCCUGUUUCAAGACUUAAAGGGCCAUGAAACCACCUUGUUUCAGCAGGGUGUUUUCACAGCGUGUCCAGCUCUGGUUAGGGGGGAGUGUCGGAGGAACUAAAGUGGGAUGGUGUGGGAGUGUCUAUUUGGGCACGCACGAGUUUCAGAGUCAAAACACACACACACACACAGGAGAAAGUGAUGGUGUUUACAUGGACAUCUGUAGUCGAAUUAUAUGCCAAA